AUGCCGAAGACUGCGUUGGAUCUGUUGGACGCUAUGCUGUGUUUGGAUCCGAGUAAAAGAAUUACCGCCGAUCAGGCGCUCAACUGUGAUUGGCUUAAGAAUAUAAACAGUAUGACGCCUCCAGUUCUGCCUCAGGAUCAGGACUGCCAUGAAAUGUGGUCCAAACAACGGAGACGUAAACUACAACAACAGCAGCAAUUAGAACAGCAACAGUCCCAACAAUCAAAUGGUAUUCACAACUAAUACAUUGACUGUGUUUUCAAUUCAAACAGAGA